CCUUCUUUUAUUAAUAUAAAAUAUGACAGUACCAAAGAUGAUUGAUAAUCUUUCCAUUAUUGAUACACUCGGCAAAGGUGCUUAUGGACAAGUUUACCUUGGUCAACACAAACAAGAACUAUAUGCUAUUAAAUCACUUCAUCACCGUACAAAACAACAACUAGCUCAGCAAGCACUCGAAAUUGAACUUCAUGCUCGGCUUUCAGGUCAUCCUCAUAUCAUUCAACUUAAACAUGUCAUACGUAAUCCACAUACCGACUGGACUCAUGUCGUCAUGGAAUAUGGCCCAGAAGGCGACUUAUUCACAGCUAUUACCGAAAAGGACCUCUAUAUUGGGAACCAUUCCCUUAUUCGCAAAGUAUUCCUUCAACUAAUUGACGCGGUUAGUUACUGCCAUCAAAACGGCGUUUAUCAUCGUGACUUGAAACCUGAAAAUAUUCUCGUAUUUGAUGACGGACACACUGUCAAAUUGGCUGAUUUUGGUUUAGCAACUACUAAUACUAUAUCCCACGACUAUGGUUGUGGCAGUACAUUUUACUACUCACCUGAAUGUCAAGGUGAUCUACUCCGCGGUGCAAAUCGUAUUGGCUAUGCAACGGCUCCUAACGAUGUAUGGGCGCUUGGUGUCAUCCUCAUCAACCUAACAACCGGUCGCAACCCGUGGAAACAGGCUUCACUGACAGAUGAUACCUUUCAUGCCUAUUUGAAUAAUCCUGAUUUUUUACUGCACAUUUUACCCAUUUCAAAAGAACUUAAUCGCAUCAUCAAACGCAUCUUCUGCAUCGACCCCACACGUCGUAUCACUCUCCCUGAACUCAAAGAUCGCAUUCGUCACUGUAAAUAUUUUACUCGCACUCCAGAAUCAAAUCGUUCUGAGCAUUUCGCUCGUUUAUCAAAGCACAUUCAAUUACCCCCUUCGCCUCCCUCAACUCCCCACACAACAAAUUCUGCCUGUCAGCAAAAAACCAACUGUGAAAAAGUCAAUUUAUCUACUGUGUUGACAACACUUCAAGCUUAAGAUUUUAUGGUUUUCAUAUAAGUAUCAUGUGUAUCUAUUUUUCUAUUCUUCAUAUUCACCUCAAAGGUUGAUCUUUUGAAACUAUCUAUUUUUAAUUUUCAUUUUCCUCCCCCCUUUGAUAUGUAUUUAAUUUUUCUUUUAUAACCGUACCUUCCUUAAUUCCCCCUCCCUCUUCUUCCUCUAUCUUCUUCUUUAUAUAUGCUUUAUUUAUGCCAUUUUUAUA